UGGUAAGUGGGUUGUUUAAGCGGCAUUCGUUAAAGUAAUAUCAUAGCGGACGGUUCGGUCAGAAGCAUUCAAUUUCAAUAAUUUUAUUCAAUUCUAAUCAAACAACAAAACCAACAACAUGGUCUACUCUGUAACAAGCAAGUCCGAUUUCGAUCAGCAACUCGAAAAUGCUGGAGAUAAAUUGGUGGUUGUGGAUUUCUUUGCCACCUGGUGUGGCCCUUGCAAGAUGAUUGCCCCCCAUUUGGAAGAAUUGUCCAAAGAAUAUGCCGGCAAAGUGGUUUUCGUCAAGGUUGAUGUUGAUGAUUGUGAAGAUGUUGCCAUGGAAUAUGGCAUUUCCAGCAUGCCCACUUUCAUUUUUAUCAAGAACAAGGAAAAGCUGGAAACCUUCUCCGGAGCCAAUGCUGAUAAAUUGACGAAAUUGGUUCAGCAACAUGCUUAAAAUCUGCAGCCAACAAGCAGGACUAAAAUAUCCCUCUAGCUAUUAUUCAUAAACGAAUGUCUUAUAUACAUACCUACAUACUUACCUACAUAACAUAUAAUUAAUUAUGUCACGUUGUACUUCUUAGCUAGCUAAAGUAGGCUUCAAAAUAUUUUCGUUUUUUCUCAUAUCAGCAUAACUUUUUUUUUUUGUAAAUUUAUAUUUUUUACAUAAGUUACAUAUAUAUUUUUAAAAAUUUUUGUAAUUUAUUUUAGAGAUUUCAAUUAUUGUUUUCAUUUUUGUUUAAAUUUUUUACAAUUUGUUAUACAAUUUCUUUAUAUAUAAUUUUCCUUUUUCUAAAAAAAGACCAGAUAUCAUUCAUCUAUAGGGAAAAGUAAGCGACCUUAGUAAACUGCUUAGCGUUUUUUUUUUUGUUAUUUUUAAAUACCUUCAGUAGUUUUGAAAACGCCUUCACAAUAUUGUAAUAGUUCAGGAAACAUUUAAAGAUAGUAGUGCAUUUUUGAAAUAAAUAGUUUUUCUUUUCGUUAAA